GUCUGCCGAUACCAUUCUGCCAUGAAGCUCACCACCUCUUUUCUGGUGCUCUGCGUGGCUCUGCUCAGCCAGCUCGGUGAUGCCUUCUUCGUGGAGUCCCUGGUUAAGCCCGUGGCUGAACCCAUAGCUGCCCUGGCCCCUGCUGCAGGGGCCGUGCCCAGCCUCCCUAGGCCCUUCAACCCCCUGAAACUCAUGCUGGCCAGCCUGGGCAUCCCGGUGGAACACCUCAUAGAUGGUUCCAGGAAGUGUGUUGCUGAGCUGGGUCCCGAGGCAGUGGGUGCAGUGAAGACACUGCUGGGAGCCCUGACUUUCUUCGGCUAAGCCAAGACUAGAGUUUCCUGACUCAGGACAAGCUGCUGCCCACCUGCAAGGGCUGGAGAUGCUGCUUCAUCCUGACCACCCCAUCUUUCUUAAUAAACAUGGCCAAGCUUCGUAGGUGAUGUUUUCUUGCCUGAAAGCCAAUCCUCGUAGGGACAGAGGGCACCACGCUCCAGAUUAAGCAGAAUGUAUGUGUACGGGGAAACAGAUGAAGGGGCACUCAUAUCUGGCAAGUGGUGUAGAGUCAGGGACUUUAAGUGACAGGGACUGAGUUAAACUGAUG